CGCGCAUGGUUCAUAUGACUACGGCUACUUCUUUUCAUCAUCACGGUCUCGUGACGCUUCUCCUGAUCGUUCUCCUCAUCCUCCCUUGUGUUUUUUUCGAUCCGCCAGCUGGUAAUCAUGGAACUGUGUCGCGAGCUGGUCAGUCCACGCGCUGCGAAUUCGAUGGCAACGGGCUUCACCAGUAGAUCCACCGCGCGUAAAACAUCGGAACAUCCAUACACCACUGCGCGUAAACAAUUUCGAACUAAGACGUGGCGGCCAGGACCUCCAUAUUUCUGAACGAGUCCUCUGGGCUCCAGGUCCCGCUGUGCUGGGCUGUAGUGGGGCGUGCGCAGCACACAGUCCAACCCAGAAGUACAGUGCUCCUGCCGCUGAUGUAGCAAACAGAGGGCCCAGCCUGCCGGCACCAUCUCUUGGACACGCGCAGGGGUGUAUUCACAUCAGCCAUGGGAACCACAACGGCAUAAUAAUGAAACUAGCGAGCGGGGCCAGCUGACAGCAGCCAGAAGACGGCAAGCAGCCAUCAAAGGACGUGCCAGGCGGAUGCGUGGGAGCAGGAAGCGGAGGAUGAGGAGGAGGAGGAGGAAGAGGGGAGGGGGAGGAGGCAGCAGCGAGGUGGAGGAUCAGAAGACGCGCCAGGGCGGACCUGGCCUUCGCAGCCCUGGGCGAGCGACCAGGUCGGGCGGCGCGCAGAAUCUGAUGGUCCCGCCGCUUCAGGUCGGGUCACCGUUCUGCGCGCGGGGUCCGCUUCCGGCGCGCCCGAGCUGCGGGGCGCAGUGCGGCGGGGCUUCCUGCCUGCGACAAGGGCAGGAGGACAAUGAGGAGGAGGAGGAAGAGGAGGAGGGGGAGGAGGGGGAGGAGGAGGAGGAAUAACGGGAAAAUACAUCCCUGCCCGCGAUGGGAUCCCUCCGCGUUGCGAGCCACCACGGCGGCGCAGACGCCGGCCAUGUUUCCC